ACAUACAAACAGCCAAUGGAUGUCAGCUUAGCACAUACAAACAGCCGAUGGAUGUCAGUUUAGCACUUACAAACAGCCGAUGGAUGUCAGCUUAGCACUUACAAACAGCCGAUGAAUGUUAGCUUAGCACAUACAAACAGCCAAUGGAUGUUAGCUUAGCACAUACACACUGCUCAAUGGAUGUUAGCUUAGCACAUACACACAGCCAAUGGAUGUUAGCUUAGCACAUACAAACAGCCAAUGGAUGUUAGCUUAGCACAUACAAUCAGCCAAUGGAUGUUAGCUUAGCACAUACAAACAGCCAAUGGAUGUUAUCUUAGCACAUACACACUGCUCAAUGGAUGUUAGCUUAGCACAGCUCACUGUGGGUGUUAGUGUAACACAACUCAACCAAAUACAUAACAUCUAAAUGGAUGCUUGGGGAGUGAAGUGAUUCUCUCUCACUCCAUCACUCACUCACUCACACUCUCUCUGUCUGUCUCUCUCACUCUCUCUGUCUGUCUCUCUUUCUCUCUCCCUCUCUGUCUCUCUCUCGCUCAGUCUUUCUCGCUCUGUCUCCCUCUCUCUCUCUGUUUCUCUCUGUCCCUCCCUCUCUCUCGCUCUGUCUCUCUCUCCCCCCCCUCUCUCUGUCUCUCUCUCACUCACUCACACACUCUCUCUCUCUCUCUCUCUCUCUCUCUCUCUCUCUCUCUCUCUCUCUCUCUCCGUCUCUCUCCCUCUCUCUCGCUUUGUCUCUCUCGCUCUGUGUCUCUCUCUCCCCCUCUCUCUCGCUCUGUCUCUCUCCCUCUCUGUCUGUCUCUCUCUGAACUGGUCUGUUGGCAUGCGACUAGAGUGACGGAGAGAGACCAGUUUAAAGAAUGUCGUCCGCCCGGUCCCGCCUUCACACGGCUCCUCUGAUUGGCUGCCAGUCCCACCCCUGAUUGGUGUUGAGCUUCCAGUCCAAACUAAGAAGGUGAAGACUGGAGCAGUCCGUCUGUCCACCUGCCUGUCUGUCCACCUGCCUGUCUGUCCACCUGCCUGUCGACCCGUCGUCUGUCUGACCUGUUUGUUGGAGUGGGUUAGGACCUGGAGUCAUGGGCCAGCUGCUGACCCGGUCCGCCCCCAUACACCCCCCCCAGGUGGUCUUGGUGGGUCUGGACUCUUCAGGGAAGUCGACUCUAUUGACCCGCCUCCUCACAGGAGAGCUGAUGGAGACGUCCCCCACGGUGGGCUUCAACGUGGGGACGCUGGAGCUGGACCAGAAGGACGCCAUGACCCUCUGGGACCUGGGGGGGCAGCCGCCCAUGAGGACCCACUGGAGGCAGUACCUGGACGGCUGCAGGGCGCUGGUCUUCGUGGUGGACAGCAGCGACCACGGCCGCAUGCCGGAGGCGCGGGCGGCCUUGAGGCGGCUGCUGUCUGAGGAGCAGCUCAACGGCGUCCCUCUGAUGGUGCUGGCCAACAAGAAGGACCUGGACGGCACGCUGACCAUCCGAGAGGUGUCCCGGUGUCUAGAGCUGGACUCGUACCUGGACCGGCGCUGGGAGAUCCAGAGCUGCAGCGGGCGGCAGGGGCUCGGGCUCCAACAGGCGUUCAUCUCUGUGGCCAGGCUCAUCAAGAAGAGCUAGGAGGA